GGUCCCUUCAACCGGGCUCUGCUCUUGCCUUCUCCACACUUGUUUGAUUUAUGAGGAAUCCAAGAUGAAUCUGGAGCAGGAGAGGCCAUUCAUCUGCAGUGCUCCAGGCUGCUCCCAGCGCUUCCCAACAGAGGAUCAUCUGAUGAUUCAUAGGCACAAGCAUGAAAUGACUUUGAAGUUUCCCUCAAUAAAAACAGACAAUAUGUUAUCAGAUCAGACUCCGACCCCAACGAGAUUCCUGAAGAACUGCGAGGAAGUGGGACUCUUCAAUGAGCUGGAUUGCUCCCUAGAGCAUGAGUUCAGGAAGGCUCAGGAGGAGGAGAGCAGCAAGCGGAAUAUCUCGAUGCAUAAUACAGUUGGUGGGGCCAUGGCAGGGCCUGGGGCUCACCAGCUUGGCAGCACACGGAUGCCCAACCAUGACACCAGUGUUGUGAUACAGCAAGCCAUGCCGUCACCCCAGUCCAGCUCUGUCAUCACACAAGCACCUUCCACCAACCGCCAGAUCGGGCCUGUUCCAGGCUCUCUAUCUUCUCUGCUACACAUCCACAACAGACAGAGACAGCCCAUGCCAGCCUCCAUGCCCGGGACCCUGCCCAACCCUACGAUGCCGGGAUCUUCUGCUGUCCUGAUGCCAAUGGAGAGACAAAUGUCAGUGAACUCCAACCUCCUGGGAAUGCAGGGUCCAAAUCUCAGCAACCCCUGUGCUUCUCCCCAAGUCCAGCCGAUGCAUUCAGAAGCCAAAAUGAGGCUGAAGGCCGCGUUGACUCACCACCCUGCUGCCAUGUCAAAUGGGAAUAUGAACACCAUGGGACACAUGAUGGAAAUGAUGGGCUCCCGGCAGGACCAGACGCCGCACCAUCACAUGCACUCCCACCCACAUCAGCACCAGACACUGCCAGCCCAUCACCCCUACCCACACCAGCACCAGCACCCAGCUCACCACCCCCAUCCUCAGCCUCAUCACCAGCAGAACCACCCGCAUCAUCACUCCCACUCCCACAUUCAUGCACACCCAGCACAUCACCAAACCUCGCCACACCCACCCCUGCACUCCGGCAACCAAGCACAGGUUUCACCAGCCACACAGCAGAUGCAGCCAACCCAGACAAUACAGCCGCCCCAGCCCACAGGGGGGCGCCGGCGAAGGGUGGUGGAUGAGGAUCCGGAUGAGAGGAGGCGGAAAUUUCUGGAACGGAACCGGGCCGCCGCCACCCGCUGCAGACAGAAGAGGAAGGUCUGGGUGAUGUCACUGGAAAAGAAAGCUGAAGAACUCACCCAGACAAACAUGCAGCUUCAGAAUGAAGUGUCUAUGUUGAAAAACGAGGUGGCGCAGCUGAAACAGUUGUUGCUAACACAUAAAGAUUGCCCAAUAACAGCCAUGCAGAAAGAGUCGCAAGGAUAUCUAAGUCCGGAGAGCAGCCCUCCCGCGAGCCCGGUCCCCGCUUGCUCCCAGCAGCAGGUCAUCCAGCAUAACACCAUCACCACGUCCUCGGCGGUCAGCGAGGUGGUGGGAAGCUCCACCCUCAGCCAGCUCACCACUCACAGAACAGACCUGAAUCCGAUCCUUUAAAAACCAGGGCUCAGACCUUGCCUCCAAGAAGAGCUGCCGCGUCCCAUGCGUCCUUUCCUUGAAGGGCAUUUUUAGAAUUAACUCAGACCUGGAAGACUCCUCAGCUCUUCAGAGACUGGCUUUCGUUUUUACAGUCAUCAUGGAAAUGUUGUCUUUUAUACUUAGUUCUAUGAGAAAAAAGGGAGUUAUGCAAUUACUAUCUAUCAGCUUGGGAAAUGCUUUGGUGCUUUUCUCCAGUUUUCUGGUACCAGUUACAUGUUUAUAAACUGAAUGCUUUCUGUAUAUAGUCAUGGUUUCAUUAGCAGUCCAACCCUUUGCCUGAGACAUUGACUCUUGUUAAGCCGCAGCUUAUAGCCAAAAUGAGGCAUGCUUAGGUGUCAACAGAUGCAAGGCAACUGGGUGAGAUGUCUGAUGACAUCAUAGUCCGUGUUGAGCUUGUGCUGUGAUGUCACCAGAAUCCCAGAUAAACACAGAGCCUUUUCCACAGCUUUGUUUCUCUUACUAUAAAAAGCGUAAGAUCCAUUGGUGUCCAAAUAACGCCACCAGGCAUCUCCCCACCCCUCCUGCUCCCCUUGGCCCACUUCCUCCAAUGCCCACUUCCUUCUCCGUUUCCACUCCUUGCUGGGCUCCCUGUUUACUCUAUAUCUUUACUUUCUUCUGCUUUAUUUUUCCCCCUUGAGCAUUGCAUGUAAAGAAGAAAAUAAUGUUUAAAGAAAAAAAUAAAAGCAAACCUCAGCAAUGUGGACCUAGCCAUCGCUUCCCUUGCCCUUGACCCGCAGCUGGAGUUCAUUCAACUCGUGCUUCUUACAAAAUAGUAACCAGGAGAUGUUUAAUGUGCCUGAUUUAAUGUUUUUAAUAAUCAGAGCAAAUAAAAAGUGGCUUAGCCAUAGGUGAAGCACUGUUGAGUGCCAGCUGUGGAGACACUAGGGAAGGGAGCCGUGUAAGCCUCGAUUGUGAAAGUCCAAAUCAUGAUGCGAGGCUAAAACAUCACACCCUCAAAUCACAGCUGGUUUUAUAUGG